AUGUAUUUGUCUCUAUCGUUACUUGCCUUUCUUUGCCCUUUGGUUCUCGCCGCAUCACCAGAAUAUUGUCCGCUUCUGGGACCCAUCUUCCCGGCCCCGAGAGCACUCUCGACAAGCAGCGCAUUCCUCGCCGCGAAGAACAACAUUUCCUCGGCUCUCGAGGCAGCCAUAGCAGGAACAUCCCCUCUCAAUGACGUCUUUGACCCGAACACCACAUCGUUUGCCAUCCAAGUCUUUUCGACGGAUGACGCGGAACCCCUUUUCGAAUCCUACUAUACCGCUCCAAAUGUCAACACUUCCGUAGGGGCUAGUGUAGUGAAUGAGAAUACUGUGUUCCGCAUCGGUAGUGGCUCAAAACUAUGGACAAUCUUGUUGCUACUCAUCGAACGGGGGGUUACUGUGUUUCGCGAUCCGGUGGCGAAGUAUGUCCCGGAGAUCCGAAAAUUGAGCACCAAGCCACCUGGGAAUGAGAUCGACUCAGUGCGCUGGAAGGAAAUGACAAUCGGGCAGCUGGCAAGUCACCUAGCGGGGAUACCGCGAGACUCCACCUUGCUGCCUGCCCUGAGUGCAAUCGGCCUUCCUGAACUUUCAGCAGCCAAGACUCCCCCAUGCGGUGCGCCAGGCAGGCCUUGUGAUCGAAAGCGAUUUUUCGACGGCUUCUUGAAGAGACAUCCCGUCAUCCUGGGAUACGCACUGGAAGCGAUGACCGGCCAAAGCUACCAGACGCUCUUAUCUCGGGAUCUCAUCCGCCCACUCAACCUCACCCGCUCCAGCUACAACAAGCCAGCGGACAGACUUGGGGUCAUUCCCGGCGAUGUAGAGACCACUACCGGUGGCCUCUACUCGUCGACCAAGGACGUGGCCACCCUUGGCCGCGCCAUUCUUGACAGCCGGCUACUUUCCAGCUCCCUCACUCGGCGCUGGCUAAAGCCGGCUAGUCACACAUCCUCACUAGACCUGGCCGUCGGGGCUCCCUGGGAGAUCUACUCGUUUCCCUCCUCACGAGUGGUCGAUCUCUACGCCAAAGCCGGAGAUCUGGGAUCGUACUCAUCCAUGCUUGCUUUGUCUCCAGACCACAAGGUCGGCUUCACCAUACUGAUAGCCGGCACAAACACACAUUGGACAGCUGCCUAUCUGUCCGAUCUCCUUGCAAACUCGCUUCUUCCCGCGCUCGACGAAGCGGCGAAAGAGGAGGCGAUCCCAAGAUUCGUGGGAUCCUAUUUUGCGAGGAACUCCUCAUCCUCACUGACCAUCAAUACGGAUGACGGCCCUGGACUGAAGGUCGAAACAUGGUUCGAUGAGGGCAAUGAUAUGUUUAACACACUUUCAUUGCUUCUGGGCGCGUCUAUUACGGAUCUCAGCGUGCGGCUGUAUCCGACCGGACUGAAGGCACCAGGGCGGGUGCCUUUCCGGGCGGUCUUUCGGGAUUUGAGUUUGGGAGUCGAUGGGAUUGGUCCCUUCAGUCGAGCAUGCCCGACCCUGUUUGUGUUUGAUGUGGACAAACAGGGAAAGGCCGUCGCAGUCGAGGCGAGGGGGGUGAGGAUGAUCUUGAUAAAAGGUAGAACUGGCUAUGACGCCUCACAUUAG